AGUAUUCAGUCUCAAUUUAAAAAUAUCUAAUGUUGAGGCACGUCUGAGACUCUAUGACUAUCUUAGAGCAGCGUAAAAGCUAAAAUACGCUUCUUUGUUUUUAGUGUUUACCAAAAUGACUAGUUCUAAAGACCCAAGACUCCUGAUAGGCUCAGAUUGCUUAAGCAUAUCCAACAUCUAUGUUCCUAAUCUGUGUGGUGUUUUAUAGACAAGUAGGAGUACACUGAAGUCAAAUCUGUACCACAGAGCAAGUCAAUGUAGGGAUUUAAGAAUUAGGAAGAUGCGUUCCCUUCUCUAGUGAGAACGCGAGAGCUGUGUUUUGUAUCAGCUGAAGUUUCUUGUCUUUUUGGGAAGUCUGGUCAGGAGACCAUUACAGUAGUCAACCCUGCUAGAAAUAAAUGAAUGAAUGAAGUUUUGUUUUGACAGGCUGUAUGUCUAAGAUGAUAGAAUGAUGAUAGAUAUAGUAGAAUAAUAAGUAUAAAUGUACGUGUAUAAGCACUAUAAUCACUUCUUUUCAUAUUGAUACAAACCUGAACUAAAUUGAUUCACUGUCAAACAAGUCAUAUUGAAAUAUCAUGUACAUGAAAAAUAGCUUGAUAGCUCUAACAUUUUUCAUUCAGUUGGAGAUUUCUGGGACAAAACACACAUAAAAUGCAACUACUACCAUUUUACAUGUCCAGUUAACAGAAAAAAAUAAAGCAUCAAACCAAUUACAUGAGAUUCCACAGUACAGCAAUUCUGACAUCUGCUGGAGAUCUCAGUCUUUACUUCUAUGUUCUCUGUUGUUUUGUAAGUGGCUGUUAAUCAUACUGGUCUGUGUUUGUACUAAAUGGUAAGCUGGGAGGGUUUCUGCUUGACUGCAACUGAAAACUGGUUUGUGUUUGUCUAUGUGGUUCUCUGUGUACAAUUCAACAGGUAUUCCGCCAUAGAGUGACACAGAGUUAGCGACAUAGUCCUUGUGAUGUCACCUGAAAAGAACAUUCUGGCCCUUAUGUUGUAAUUUUGUUGUAUAAUAUUCAGAAAAGCCAAAUAUACUCUUUGGCUUACUCUGUAUACUGCACUUUCUAAAGUUAUUCUCACAUAAGUCACUGAAAAAGUAAGAACCACCAGCAGAGGUUAAGCUAAGUUGUUUGGGUAUCAUGUCAAAAAACUGUUCCUUGUCUUACUUUUGUUUGCUGAGAGUAAUUAUCUACACCAUGUAAACUUUAAACGCCCUGAAAACAGUUUGCAUUGAAUUAGUGCCAAAAAACGUAUUGACUAAGUGCGGUAUCUUAUGUCGUACUUUGACUCAGCUGCAUUAUGAUACAGACAAAUUUUGCUGCUCCUGUGUGAAGGUGAUAUACAUCUUAGCUGCUUCAGUGAGUGCUGAAAACUCUACACAGCAUUUUUCUGCUUUGGUAAACACAAGAUUGAUAGAUAUUUGUGGCAGACACUAGUUAUAGAGGUUCCAGUUGUGACCUUUUGACAGAGUUUUUCAAAAGAAUGGAAAGGAAACUUCCAGAAGAUCAGGAAAAAUGUGUGUUGGCUCCAUGGAGAUUUUCUUGGCUGUCAAGUGGAUUUAAGAACAGGCUUGUGGCAGCGCUGGAACUUUAUGAACAUUUCCCAUUAGAUAUAGCUGUCACUGGAGGAACUACAUCAGCAAAUGCAAGGCUCGCUUCUGCUGUCUGUGGAUUGAAAGAUGAACAGGACACAGAAGAAGAAGAAGAAGAAGAAGAAGAGGAGGAAACCGAUGAAGACAGUGAUGAGCAAGGGGAUGAAGGUGAGGAAGAUGAUGGAUCAAGUAUUAACCUAUCUGCUAAGGUCUCUGUUGUGAGAAAAUCAGUUGUGAGAUUUAUAGAUGACUUUGCAGAAGACGGUCCUGACUCUACUCCAGUGCUUUUCCACCCUCAAAUCCCCAAUGUCCGCAUUUUGACAGUACAGGAAAGUUCUGAUCUUGCUCAGGACAGCUAUGAUGUAUUGGUGGUCCUCACGACAGAGUUGCACCAGGAAGACCAUAUGAAGCUCACCAUGGAGCAAUGUGAAAAGAAUAAGCCCUUGUAUCUGGUUAAAGCCGAGCAAGAAAUGGAUCUUGUCCGUGAAAAUCUGGCUGGACCCUGUAAGACCUGUGCAUGGGAACGAAUGAGAGCUCGCACUUUGGAGUUUCAGAAGAAACACAAGGCAGAAUUUGAAUCAGCAGAGAAUGCAGAGAAGCAACAGACUUCCCACGGUCCUCUUCCUCAACACCAAGGUAUUAAGCUCUGGGACCCUGAAGAAGUUGCAGGAGUUCUAGUGAAAGCUAUACCUGAAUUGCGCAAGAAGGCUUUCAGUCAGUUUUUGGUGGAUCUCACAAGAGAACUUAAAGGCCCGAAAAGAGAGAGUUAUGGCAGAGGAUCCCUGGUAAGCUCUGCUUUUAAAAACAGCAAGAUAAGCAAGGAAGACCUAGGCAGAAUCUCUGUGGUCUUUCAAUCCCAGGAUCUCACUGACCAACCGUCCAAACUGCUCUCCAUUUGCAACGCCCUUGAGUACUUUCGUCUGGAUGUGGGUGUAAUAGGGGAGACGGGUUGUGGCAGCUCCAGCCUCUUCAACACCCUCCUGGGUCUGAAGAAUGGGGACAAGGGAGCUUCCCCCAUUGGGGUCUUUGAAACCACAAAGAAGCCUGUGAUACAUCCAUACUCAGAAUACCACAAUGUUCUUCUGUGGGACCUCCCUGGCUUGGGAAGCGUGGAAGAUUUUAAGACUGCAUCUUCUGGCUCCACACUGCACCAAGUUCCUCCAAUACCUCCAAUACCUCCAUGUGAUGUCUACAUCCUGGUCUCACCCCUGAGGAUCAAUCUGGGGUACAUCCAACUAUUGAAGCACUUUUUGUCGCAAGGAAAAUCUUGCUAUCUUGUGCUGGCCAAGGCUGAUUUGAUUGAGGAGAAGUCAACUGAAGAAGUGAAGAGAUGGACUGAGGAGAUUUUGGAUAAGCUAGGUCUGAAACAGAAUGUCUAUCUGGUAUCUGCACUUCAUCCAGAGACCUUGGAUUUGCCCAAAAUGAGAAAGACAUUCAAUGAUGCACUAGAAAGCCAUAAGAGAGUUGCUCUGGCCAAUUAUGUGGCAAAACUACUGGAGCAGGAUGUGUUUUGGAAGAGGGCUGACCCUUGCAAAAUAAACUGACUUCAUGCAAUGAGUUGCUUUUACACCACUUUAAAAUUGAGGGCUCCAUGCAAAAUGUUGGUGCAUCAUAGUGUUUAACUAUAGUUAAUAUAGUUAAGUCUCUGCUGGACUGUAUAAAGAAAUGAAAUUCUAUUCAGUAAAACAAUUUGCUUAUCAUGAUGGGUGUGUGUGUUUGUACUGGCUCUUCCGGGUGUGUGUGUUUGUAAUAGAACUUCAGAAGAGCCUAUCUGACAUCUACAGUUUAGCUGUAGCAUUUACAAUUUUUCCCUCUUGCCAUGACAGUUUGAGAGACACCUGAAUCUGACUGGGCUCAACAGAAAAGAUCUCAGGAGAUCAUCAGGAGAUCAAGAGUUCAAAUCCACAACAAUGGCGCAUCCAUCCUUGCUUGGGAGCCAAGCGAGGAUAGUUGGUCAUGCUUUCUGGGUGGGAGGGAUGGCAUACUCUCUCCUCUGUGAAUCACAUAAACACUAGCCAAUUGUGGGUGUCUGUGAGAUCACAUGUCCGGCAAAGGGCAGAAAGCACGUUCCUCUGGAGUGUGUUUUGCUGCCCUGUGAUACAGCAUGGGCAGCAGUUUGAAAAGAUGCAGUUGGCAGAUUUCAUGCCUUUGAGGAAGCACAUGUUACACUCAGCUGUUUGAUUAUAAAUACAAACAUUUCUGCAGAUUGCAGUUAAAAAUCUGCUUAACCAAUUCACAUUUUAUCAUUUAUGGAAUAAGCCAUCCUAUCCACUGAUACGCUAGGGUAAGAUUCUGUUUUUUUUUUCUGCAUGCUAGGAUUUUCUUGUUGGCAAUGGUAGGGUCAAGUCACAAGUUUAUAUUAAUGCUCUCAUUCUAAUGCAUUAUUGUUUCUAUAGUAACAGC